AUGGCGAGCGGAAGGGAUCGGACCAUGAAAAGGGAGAAAAAAUAUAUCCAAUCAACUGCACGGCAGUCUUAUGGUCUCAUCAUUUGUCUUUACUCUAAUUCUUUAGGUUGUAUAAAUCAAGUUCGCAGUCUAAAAUCGCAUCAAAAGAGUAUUGACUCUCACAUUCCCCACCCAACUGAGACGGAAGCUGCUCUAAAGAAGUCAUCCGUAAAUGAGGACUGUGAGGAAGAUGAGGAAAGUGGAGCUUCUCCCAUAAAAGAAAAAACUAAAAUCAAAAGCCUUCAAACAAGCAUUCACAAGAACCUUUUGAAGCUCUUUCAUAAGCUUAAAAGCGCUAAGCCUGGCAGUGUGAUGCCUGAUCGUAAAGAGUUUACGAAUUUUCAGAUAAAGCCAAACCCAGAUAAGGUGGACGAUACAGGGGUGUCGACAGGUGUUCCAUUAAGCAAGGUUCGAGACGGAAUUAAGAAUGUAAGUCAAUUUCAAGAUUUCAAUACUACCUCGGCUCUUAAAGCAAUUGACAAGUUGGUCAGCGGAGUUCUUCCAAACGUAACAGCGGCAGCUGCAAAGAAAUUAUCCAGUAACGACACUCAACUUGGGGAUUCCGAAGGUGGAAGUGGUUCAGCAAUGGAUCCAAAAGAAAAUGACCAAGGUAAAACAGAUCCCUAUGCGGCUAUUGCUGCUGGACCAGACCAUCCUAAGCUCCCUCCGGAUUUAAAGAUUGCUCCAGGCGGUGCCGAAGGAGAAGCACCCCCUGUUGUUCCUGUCGGUUUGUCAGACGAUAGUAAAGGUGGCGAUGGUAAUAAGAGCCCUGAUGGUAAGCACAAAAUAUUAUUUCAGCUUAGCCUUCAGAAUAUCUCAUAUACAGAUAGAUAUAAAAAUACAUUUUCAUCUUCACCAUUAUCUUCUGUUUGAAAGUUUAAGUUAUGGUGCAAAGGACUUAAUUCUAAGGCUGGAGGCCAUUUCCUCUUAUUAUCUCAUGUUUUGGCAACUGAAUAUCAGCUGUUGCUUAAGUCUAGAGUUUUGACAAAAAAACGAAUUUUCCUUAGGAAAAGGGUUCUUUUCUGAAAUUUAAUUAAGAGACGUAUGUGUGUGUGUGAUUAAAUGUCGUUGUAACAAAUAAAUAACACGGUAUCAUUUUUCUCAACUUUCGUAGAGCCCAGCGAAGCCCCAAGUCAAGGAGAUGGUAAGUAUCUCGCAGUGAUGUCAGACCAUACUGACGUAUAGGACACUACAAAUCGGUAAAGGACAAGUAAUUUAAACACCGCAGUAUUGAUUUGUUUCCCUUCUUUGCAGACAAAGACAAUGAGGAGCCUGACAACCCGAUGGUGAAACAAAUGCAGCAACAAGCUAUGCAAGUCAUACAAGAACAGAUGCAGAACCAAUUUAAGGCUGCUAUGCAGACAGCAAAAGGAAUGCCGGGGAUGGGAGGAAUGGGUGGAAUGGGCGGAAUGGGAGGCAUGGGAGGAAUGGGAAGCAUGGGUGGUAUGCAAGGCAUGGGAGGAAUGAGCGACGGAAUGGAUAGCAUGGGUGGCAUGGGUGGUAUGGGAGGUAUGGGAGGCAUGGGAGGCAUGGGCGGCAUGGGUGGCAUGGGUGGCAUGGGUGGCAUGGGUGGUAUGGAUGGUAUGGGUGGAGGAAUGGGAGGAAUGGCUGGCUUUGGUGGACUGGGAGAAAUGGGAAUGGCCGGAAUGUAUGGCAACCGCAUGGCAGAUAUGGGAGAUAUGGAAAAUGCUGGCGAUGCAUUCCAACGAGACAAUCUAAGAGGAAACGAUGAAUACUUUAAUGGAGUAAAUGGUUAUUAUGCGAGAGGAUUUGGAGAAGAACUCAGGGAACCUAUGGGUCCCAUGGGGCCUAUGGGACCCAUGCCUAUGAUUGAUGAACCUGCAGUUGGACGGGACAAAGUACCAUUAGGAUACGAAGACCGGCCCAGGAUGCCUUAUUUUCGUCCUUUUCGGAGACAUCAUUACUUCGACAACGAGGAAGAUUUUGACGAUGAGGGAUUCGACGAUGAUGUCGACGAAGAUGAACCUUAUUUUGUUCCCGCUAGAGAACAUGCUGCUCUUGAAGAGCCAGUGGAAGAAGGUCCUGAGAGUGAUAUCGACGAUGGGUACGAUGCUCCUCAUGAUAGAAAAGCUAAAAUAGCAAAGGUUGAAAAACCUGACAAGAAAGGAAAACAAAAGCACGACAGUCAUAAGCUCAACAAAGGACACAAAGAUCAAUCAACCCUGGUAUCAAAGAAGGACAUAACCAUGAAACGGGAAAAAACAUCAGGUAAACUGCACGAAAGAAAGCACUGACCGUCUUUUACAUCAUGCAUGAGACCACGUGGCGAUCGCAAUCUUAAUAAGUUUACGAGGACACUGAAGACACUUUCCUCGUAUAAAACGAAACUAACUGUUGAUGAGCAUGCACAUUCCAAAGGAGUUACUACACCCAAUGACAGCCGGGCAAGUUCAACUGUUAUGGACUUAUUUGCUCGAAUAUAAGGUUUACCUCUAUCAACAUUUCUUUUGAUAAAUUUUCUUUGUUAUCUCAUCAAUAAAUGAACGGGGCUCUGUUUUUAAUGAGUUUGAAGUGUUUCAAACAAUCUCAUCUUGUGCAGUUAAAUAUCAUCUGAGAAACUCCCUAUAAUUAGAUUCACCCUUUAAGGAAAGGGAUAUAGUCCAUUCGGAUUCAAUAAUUGGUGUGCUCAAACAAAAAUCAAUGCAAGAAGGGAAAUCGAACAUCUUUCUGUUGCACACAAAAUGUUUUGCACUCUGUUGGCCAUGCACGCGCAUGCCGCUAAGGCAGGUUAAGUGUUUAAGAAUUGCCUGAAUGAGCCCAAAAAAAUUGAAAGCUUAUAGGAAAACAUGUGUCUGACUACCUACUUGCAAUGACUCAUUAAGGCGAUGUUGAAAUAUGAGAAUCCUUAUUUUUCUAAGAACUUGCUAAUUGAUGAUAAUGACAUUUGAAAACCGUAAUUCAAUGAGGUCAUAACUUUGUUUAAUAAGGCCAGCCUGACAAAAUUACUUUCUUUGGUUUCGGCUUAAUUUGUCUUUCACUUUUCUGCAAGCGUUAUUAUCUUGACGGCGUGAACCUAAAUAACUGUGAUACAAAACGAACGGUCAUAAACCACUUUAAAGAGUAAUUCCGUGUCAUUAUAAUCUCAUAGGUGUGAGUACUGAUCCAGCAACUCCCGAGAUGUUUUACAAUUCUGCCAUGAAACAAAUUCAGGACCAGGCCAUGGCGGGUAUUGAAAAGCAGAUGCAAAACCAAUUCAGCGCCGCUUGGAAAAACGCGCACGGAAUGGGAGGAAAGCCAAAUAUGGGAGGAGGAGGGAGAGGAAUGGGUCGCAUGGCCGCAAUGAACGGAAUGGGAGGAAUGGGAGGAAUGGGAGGGAUGGGUUUUAUAGGUGGAAUGGGAAGAAUGGGAGGAAUGAACAAAAUGGCGAGUAUGCAAAACAUGCAAGGUAGCAUGGGACCAAUGCAAGGUAUGCCAGGAGGUAUGGGCCCAAUGCAGGAUAUGCCGCAAGGCUUAGGAGGUAUGGGACCUUUCAAUGACAUGCCAGGAGACCUGGGAGGCGCGGGACCCAUGAACGACAUGCCAGGAGGUAUGGGCGACAUGAACGCAGUGGGUAACAUGGAUGGUGCUGGAGGAAUGGCUGGAAUGGGAGGAACACCUAGUAUGGAAGGAAUGGGUGGUGGAAUGAUGGGUGGUGGAUUGGACAAUGGAAUGAACGGAUUCGGUGGAAUGGAUGGUAUUAAUGGCUUCACUGGGAUGAAUAACCCAGGUAUCACAACCAUGGGGGACGCACCUGGUGGCCUAUUUAGAAGAGAGUUUCAACGUAAAUUAGCAGAAAAGGACAAUCAUCACAAGAAAGCUAGAAUAAAUAAGUCUAAGAAAAGUGCUAGAAAAGCAAAAGAGAAAUCGCAUUAAGAAGAGUUAUUUCCAAUAGUUCUUUUAAGCAUGUGUUUAAAAUGCCUGUUUCAUACGGGCGCCCAUAGAACAAAAAUAAUUUAAAGGGUUCAAAAUUUGUAAAAUGUGUCAAGCAUUUUGUUUUUUUUAAUUCUGCAUUCUGCACAACAGUUGUCGAACAAAACCAUUGUCCUCAUUAUAACAAUAGCUAUAAUUCCAAUAAAAAUUAUAGUUACUCUGAGUUAGACCGGCAUUUCAACCCCACUUUGACAUCGUGAUCAUAUCAUUGCAAGCAGCGAGCGAUAGUGAUAGUUUAAUCAAAUUAAUUACGGCAAUAAAGAUGGUUACUUUUACAUAGAAAAUGCCGAAAGUCCUUCCCCUUGUUGUGUUUCGAAGUAUAACAAAACACUCGCAUCAGUAUUCUAUUCCUCACAAAUCAAAAAACUCGGGCACCCCUCUUAAGGCAGGGUAUUAAGAAUUUACUAUAGAGUUUCAGUUGUUUCAGUAGGAAAUCCUAGCCAAAGGUUAUAUCGAUUUUUCUCGUUCUUCUUGCUCCUCCUAAUAUUACAGUAUAUACAAACGAACGGAGGGGGGGUAUCAUUAAUUUCAGUGUAUUUCGAUUUGGGAUAAUUCCAUAUAUCAGCCUUUAACAUAUUUGGCGCAGCGUCGAUACCUUGCAGUUCGGGGCUAUGAAAAUGUUCUAUCGAAAAUAAAAUUGUACUUUUGGAUGGAAUUAAACUUGUUGCGGUUCGCAUUUUCGUUGCUCCGUAUUACCGAAUUUCGUGUAGGUAUUUUUUUUACACCCCUAAUGUCAUAAAUUAAGUAAAUUGAGAAAUGAAGCCGGAGAUAAAAUUUGUGUUAUGACUACUCGAAAAAUCUUCAGGCCCUCAUAUUGGAAGCC